GUAUGACGCCAUAUCCGGCGCGCGGCGGCACUGGGCUGCCUCUGCUUCCGCGGUGGGGCCGGAAGUAGAAGUGGCGGUGGCGGCGGCCCAAGCAGAGGGAAGGAGGGAGGCAGGCAGUCCGAGAGCCCGAGCCGGAGUCGCAGCGGCGGAUACCCCUGUGCGGAGCGGAGGGGGCGGUGGCCCCAACUCUGACCCGCGCGGGGGGCUGGGCCAUGGCGGAGAUCAGCGACCUGGACCGGCAGAUUGAGCAGCUGCGGCGCUGCGAACUCAUCAAGGAGAGCGAAGUCAAGGCCCUGUGUGCUAAGGCCAGAGAGAUCUUGGUAGAAGAGAGUAACGUGCAGAGGGUGGACUCGCCAGUCACAGUAUGUGGUGACAUCCAUGGACAAUUCUAUGACCUCAAGGAACUGUUCAGAGUGGGUGGCGAUGUCCCUGAGACCAACUACCUCUUCAUGGGGGACUUUGUAGAUCGUGGUUUCUACAGCGUGGAAACCUUUCUCCUGCUGCUGGCGUUGAAGGUUCGAUAUCCUGACCGUAUCACCCUCAUCCGGGGUAACCAUGAAAGCCGCCAGAUCACCCAAGUCUAUGGCUUUUAUGAUGAGUGUCUGCGCAAAUACGGCUCGGUGACUGUGUGGCGCUACUGCACUGAGAUCUUUGACUACCUCAGCCUGUCAGCCAUUAUUGAUGGCAAGAUCUUCUGUGUGCACGGAGGCCUCUCCCCCUCCAUCCAGACCCUGGAUCAGAUCCGGACGAUUGACCGAAAGCAAGAGGUGCCUCACGAUGGGCCCAUGUGUGACCUCCUCUGGUCCGACCCUGAAGACACGACAGGCUGGGGUGUGAGCCCCCGAGGGGCUGGCUACCUAUUCGGCAGUGACGUGGUGGCCCAGUUCAAUGCAGCCAAUGACAUUGACAUGAUCUGUCGUGCCCACCAACUAGUGAUGGAGGGUUAUAAGUGGCACUUCAACGAGACGGUGCUCACUGUGUGGUCAGCACCCAACUACUGCUACCGCUGUGGAAAUGUAGCAGCCAUCUUGGAGUUAGAUGAGCAUCUCCAGAAAGACUUCAUCAUUUUCGAGGCUGCUCCCCAGGAGACACGAGGCAUCCCCUCCAAGAAACCUGUGGCCGAUUACUUCCUGUGACCCCGCGGCCCCUGCCCCUCCCAACCUCUCUGGCCCUUGGACCACUGUGACUCUGCCCUCUCCUCAGAUGCUGGGGAUGCAGGGGCUGUCCCUAGCUGGCUCUCCCUUCAGAGGGCAUUUCAAGGGUGAGGACUUUCUCUGGAGAGAAUGGAGCCUUCAUACCAUGCUCCUCCUCUCCUUUUUCCGCACUCCCCAUGAAGUUUCCAGUAAUUUUUUGUUUUCUUUUUUCCUUUUUUUUUUUUUUUUUUUUUUUUGUUUUUAGAUAAAAGUUUUGAGAAAAAAAGGAAAAAAAUUCUAAUAAAAGAAGAAAAAUGAUA